UAGGUUUCUCUAUUUUCUCAUUUUUAGAGGAGAAUGUCGGCAGGAAGGUCUGUGUCUUCAGCCAGCGUGGGACGGGACUUUAGCCGAGGGGCUCCCAAGCUGCCACUGGUGUCUCCGAACCCGCCGAGGUGCGGCUGGGCGGAUCCUGGCACCACCACCUGGUUCACUUAAAUACACCCCUUCCCUGGGGCCCGGGACGGCUGGCGGGGACGGGGCGGGGCUUUGGAGCCCGAUCCGCCGGGAGCUGGGGACGGCCGCGGGUUCCUGCCAAACAAGGGCCUUUUCCUCCUGCAUUCCUAACUCCCUCCCUCUCUUCUUGGCUCUCAGCAGCCUCUUACCCUUUUUUUUUUUUUUUUUUUUUCAUUUAUUUUCCUCCCCAGCAUCCACUCGUACAUUCAUUCAUUCAGCCAAUUUCUAGCUGAGCGCCUACUGGUGCAGGCACUGUUUUAGAAGUUGGGAAUACAGCAGUGAACAAAAUAGACAAAAAUCCCUGCCCUCAAAAGCCUGGGAGCCUACAUUUUAGUGAAGGGGAGAUCUACAAUAAACAAUAGGAAGAAUAUAAGUUAACUUAUGCACCAUGUUGGAAAGUGAUAAAGUGCUAUAUAGGAAGGUAAGGCAUGUCAGGAUUUGAAGGAGGGGGUAGGCUGUAAUUUUAAAUAGGGGACCUAGAGUAGGUUUCCUUGGGAGGAUUAUGUACAAGCAAACAGUUGAAGGAAGCAAGAUUAUUCAUUGUGAGGGUAGCUUGAGGUGGAGGGGACAGCCAGUACAAAGGCCCUAAAAUGGAAAUGUGCCUAAAAAGGAAGAGAAAGGUCUGUGUGACCGAAGAGGGUUGAAUGAGGGGAAGAAUAGUAGGAGAGGUAAUAGCACACCCUAUAGACUUGUAUGCCAUUGUAAGGACUUAAGCUUUUAUUUUGAAUGAACAAGAGAGAUUCAAAAGGCACAUUCUUUAGGGCCUUUUAUGUUACUCUUUAUUUUGAGUAAGAUGGACCCAUUGAGGGGUUUUAAGCAGAGAGAUGAAAUAAUUCCAGCUUAAGUUUUAAAUGGCCUACUCUGUUGUAUUGAGGAUAGAAGCAGGAGACCAGCUGGACGGCUAACGUAAUACUGUAGGGCAAUGCAGACAAUGGUGGCUUGGGACAAGAUAGUGGCAGUGGAGGUUGUAUUCUGGAUAUAUUAUCAUUUUCAGUUUAUCUUCCCCUGCUCCCUCAUCUCCCAUAGAUACCUCAGAUUCUCAGUGAUUCCUUCUUUUUGCUUUGGUCACAUUCCUCUCUUUUCUCCUCCCUUCAUCGAAUAUGCAGGAAAAUAAGGUAUGGGAUUACCACUAGCUUAGUACUGCUGAUGAACCCCAAAUCCAGGGCAGUAUUUGACACAUCAAGCCAAAAAGCAGCUGCCCUGUGGGUCAGGAGAGGCCCUUUGGCUGGCACCACCAAGGCUUAAAUCCCUGAAAGGAGGCUGGUAUCCACUGGAGCCACUUCAAACUGGUCCAGGCAAAGCCACGAUUGACUUUGGGAGCUGGAUCCAACCAGCAGAGAAGAAACCGGGACAGUGUUAGAAGACUGGAAAAGAAAGCUGGGUAAAAAGAUGCAGCAGGUGGUGGUAUCAGAUGAGACUCCAGGACCAUCAAACCAGCUUUGUAUCCGUGAUACCAAGCUCCUGCAGGAAAGAGCUCUGCCAUCUCCUCAUUGUCCUGCCUUUGCCGAAGAUGGAAGCCAAGGAAGCCUGCCAGGAGCAAAAAUCAUACUGAUGAGCCAGUCUCAAGUGAGCUAAGACCCCUUCCUUCCCUCCUGGAAAUAUAUCACUGCCUCCUAAAUGUGGCCUUAUUUUCACUGCCUUCCCUGGCUAUGCACCUCCCAAGUCCACGUGCUCCCUCUCAUCAGGGGUACUUUGUUGGGUGACAAACCAUUUGUGGAUUGUUUCCUCUUUCGUUAUUUUUUGCUAUUGAAAGCUGAUGCUACCUUUCACCUCAUCCCCAAAUAUACACGAAACAGUAACAGCCUUUCACUUCUGUAAACCUCCCUACAAAUUCCUUUCUUCUGCCUCUGUUUCCUGAGGGAACUAUGGAGUUUUCUCCAGGACAGCAGGGACAUAUUGUUUCAGGAGGCAGUGACAUUUGAGGAUGUAGCUGUGAAUUUCAGUAAUGAGGAGUGGCAGUGUCUGACCCAUGCUCAAAGGCACCUCUAUAAAGAUGUGAUGUUGGAAAAUUAUGGAAACGUGGUAUCACUUGGAUUUCCAUUUCCUAAACCUCCUUUGAUCUCCCAUCUGGAGCAAGAGGCAGAGCUCUGUGUUCAGGAUGGACAGGACAGGGAGUUCCUGAGCUGCCCCCACCCAGUAUCAGCAGCCAAGACACGGCCUGAGAAUGAGAAGGCAAGUUCAGAACAGGCAGUUUUUGAAAAUGGAGAAGUCUGCUGGGUGAAAUUUAAAAGUCUCCUAAAAGUUGUUUCCCAGGAUCCAGAGGUUGGAGAAGUUUGUGUACAAGAUGUCAAAUUAGAGAAUCAAUGGGAAAUACCUAUGAGGGAGAAACUGAGAGAAGAGAAAGAACGCUGUGAGAAAGUGACCUUCAAGAAAGGAAAGAACCAGAAGGUACUUAGAAAAAACUCAAAAUGUAUUCCAUAUAGGGUUCUUACAGAAAAGAAACUCCAUGAAUGUGCCAGGUGUGACAAAAACUUCAUCUGGCAUUCUGACCUAAUUCCCCAUGAGCGAAUUCACUCUUGCCAGAAACCCUAUGUGUGUAAUGAGUGUGGGAAAGCAUUCAGGACGAAAAAUCAGCUUUCUAUGCACCAGAUAAUCCACACAGGGGAGAAACCCUUUAACUGUAGCCAGUGUGGGAAGGCCUUCAACAGUAGAUCAGCUCUUUGCCGACAUAAAAAAACGCACAGUGGGGAGAAGCCUCACCAGUGCAGCGACUGUGGGAAGGCCUUCAAGACCAGGAACCGUCUCAGGAUGCAUCAGAUCAUCCACACUGGGGAGAAGCCUUAUGAGUGCAGUGGCUGUGGGAAGGCCUUUCAGUUUAAGCAUUCCCUUAUCAUCCAUGGCAGAAGCCACACUGGGGAGAAACCCUAUGAGUGUGAGGAGUGCGGGAAGGCCUUCAGCGGGAGUUCAGACCUCAUCAAACACACAAGAAUCCACACUGGGGAGCGACCUUAUGAGUGCAGUGAGUGUGGGAGGGCCUUCAGCCGAAGCUCAGACCUAAGCAAACACACAAGAAUCCACACUCAGGAGAAACACUGUGGGUGCCCUCAGUGUGGAAAAGCCUUCAGCAGCAAGGCAGAGCUCACCAAACAUAGAAGAAUCCACACUGAAGAGAAGCCUUACAAGUGUAAGGAGUGUGGGAAAGCCUUUCGUCAUAACUGUAAACGCAGGGCUCAUGAACGAGAACACACUGGGGAGAAGCCCUAUCGAUGUGGGGAUUGUGGGAAAACUUUUCAGGAUCGGCACUGCCUUACCAUCCAUCAAAGAAUCCACACUGGAGAGAAACCGUAUAAAUGUUCAGAGUGUGGUAGAGCUUUCAGUGGGAAAUCAAACUUGACCAAUCAUCAAAGAAUCCACACUGGAGAGAAGCCUUACAGAUGUGAGGUGUGUGGAAAGGCCUUUCAUCAUAGUUCAGUCCUGAGGCAGCACAGAAGAAUCCACACUGGUGAGAAGCCAUAUACCUGCAGUGAGUGUGGCACGUCUUUCCGUCAGAGCUCAGCUCUGAUUGGACACAGGCGAGUUCAUACUGGGGAGAAACCUUAUGAAUGUGAGGAGUGUGGAAAAGCUUUCAGAGUGAGUUCAAAUCUUACUGGACAUAAGAAAAGAAAACAUAGAGUGUGGGGAACCCACAAACUUGAUGAGAAUGGGAAAUCCCUCUCUCCGGUAACCUGUUCUCAGACUUUUUCAUUCAUCAAUAUUUUGACAACCAACACUUGAGGGUAGUGAUUCUGGUGUUUACACUUUCUCAUUUCUCCUUCUACUUCUUACACUGGUCCCUCUUGUCUCCUGUAUUGGUUCUUCCUGGUUCCCUGACCCCGUAAUUGUGAGACCCCACCAAGCCUUUGUCCUUGACCUUCCUAUUCAGUGUCUCUUCAGUGAGCACAUUCACUUCCAAGGCUUUGUCUGUCAAUAAUAGUACUGUAAUAUUAAAUACUAGUGCUUGACACAUGCCAGGCAUUAUUCUUUACAAUUUUUAAUCAUUUAAUCCAUACAACAUCCCUAUGGGAUGAGGAAAUUGAGGCAUAAAAAGAUGAAGAAACCUGCUGUAGAUCACUUAACUAGUAAAUUCUGAACAAAUGCCCACUGAAUGCUUAGACUUACCUGAGCAAUUUCCAUUAUCCUGCACCACAUCUCUCGGAUAUGAAGCUAUACCUCAGUUCAGCACAGAACAUUUUUUUAAUUGAUAAACAUUGAUCAUCUUUAGCAAGUUUUGCUUUAACUUAAAGCCUGAAUGGUACUUCUCCUUAACGGAUCAGAAUUGCUGAGAUUCAGUGGGGGAACGGAGGCAGGGCAAGGGCAGAUUUUAAAAUUACAGAUAAGCAGAAGUCAGGUAUACACUGCCGAAGCAGCAGUGUACGUAUGGAAAAAGCAUGACGCCUGACCCACUUUGUUAUAAAUACACUAAAAGGUCUUCAAGAUGUUGAUUUCUUAAAUAUUUGCUGUAUCUGUUUGCAUGAUAUAUGAAAUGCUCUUUCAAAUAGAUUAGUAAAUUUAUAUCUAUCUUUUCAAGUCUUUCAGUGUCUAACAUCUAUCCUUUCUCUUACAAAUGUUACAGGUCCUUACUUCAGACAGAAUUAAAUUAAAUACCCACAUGCAAUAAGGCUGUUAAAAUAGAAAUUGAAAAUCCUAGAAGAGGAUGCAAAUGUGUGUCAACUUAAUUAACAUAAUGACCAUAAUUGCGAAUUAAAUUUAGUUCAAAGUUCCCUGACUGGUAAAGAGAUGAGCAAUGGGUUCCCCAGCAUUUGUCAAAAGUGUUUUACAAGCUAAUGUUUUUAAAAAAAUAAUAAGUUUGAGAAAUGCUGGCUAGGUGGGGAUAUUUAUUCCCUUAAAGACUUCUCAGUGUUUAUACUAUGCUAAUGUCCUGUCUGAGUCUUAAACAAAGGAACUGUAAGAAGCAUUGCUUUCCCAAAGUGAUGGACGAAAGAAUUCUGUUUGGAGGAGCACCUUCAUGGACUCUUGUUUCACAGAAAACAUCUUGGGAAAUGGUUACACAUUAUCUAAUAUGGACAAGGAGUCCAAGAUACACAAUUUUCUAGUAACAAAUUCCAAAGGGAAUUACAUGACUUAUUAUACAAAAGACAGAUUAAACAUUGUUUCUUAUGUUCAGUUUCUACAGGAAAUUAGAGCACGUCCUUUAUAUGGCCAUUUCUUAUAUAUUUUUUUGAAGAAAACCAAGAUGAAAACAUUUAGGAUAUAACUCUAAAAUUGUCUCUGUGGAGGAUGACACUCUGUAUAUGUGGCUUUUGGAUGAUAUAACGUGACUUAAGGGCAGAGUUUAGGAUAUGUCUGGAGAAUUGGCAGUGCUUUUCCAAUCUUUUUUGACUGCAAGGACCCCUUAUUUGAUGAUCAAUAAAUUUUACCGACACUCUCUCCCCCAUGCAUACACACACUACAGGUAGUUUUACUUUAAUGCUCGAUGGCAAAAUGUUGUCAUGUUCUCCUAGAAAAUCUGAGGUUUUGUUAAUUACAACAGCAUGUAUAUGCUUUUGGAAAAUGUAUACACAUGUUCAGGAUGUUUUUUUACCCACAGGCCAUGAGGUUCAUUUGGAUUUUGGACUCAAAGUCCUUAGCCCAUCAUGAGAACCCUCCAGUGCAUCCUUUCAAGUCACUUCUUCAGUCAGUCUUUUAACAGAAUCUGGCAAGAUUUCAAUUCCAGUUUAAAUUCUGGACAGUCCUGGAGUGUUGAUGUUUUGUGUUAUUGAUCAGGGAGUCAUGUUCUUCAGACACCAGUUAACUGGAAGGGGUGGCAAGCCUGACAUUCCUCUGUGAAAGUUGAGAAGCCUCUGUACUGAGCCCAAAUAGAAGACUUUUAGACUUCAUCCUCACCAGUCCAUCUUCAACAUGACCAUUGUCUCCCUAAAAUAUUCCUAUUAUCUUGACACCUGCUUUUUAAAAAAAUUUUAUUUAUUUUUAUUGAAGUAUAGCUGAUUUACAAUAUUUUGGUUGUUUUAGGUGUACAGCUGCUUUUAAAACUCCCAACUGACUCUCAGUCCUGCAGUAAGAAAUCCCAAAUUACUAUCUUGAACUCCAGGAAUCUUUUGAUACUUCCUGGACACUUAAAAUGAACAUCAUGAAAAAAAACAUUGAAGGAGUUUCAGAUAUUUUACCUGUGGAAAAAAUCAUUUAGAAGGGAUCCUAAGGUGGAAUAGACUCUGCUAUACAGUUGUAAGUUUGGUAGACAGGCAUAAUGUAGAAGGAAUUCAAAGAUCAGAUGCACAGUUGAAUAAUCAAACAUGUUAGUGUUUCUUGAAACCCUAAGAUUCUUGUAGUUCUAAUUGUGAAGUUACUAAAACAAGAGUUGUUGAUUUAGUUAUUUCUUAGAAAAAUCACCAGAUAAAACUCACUUUUUUAAGCCUAAUUAAUUCUAAAUGGAAAGACAGAAAAAUUUCACCAUGAACAUUGAUACCAUGAGAUUGUUUUCACUUUACCUGUACAGAAGAAGUAAAGAAUGCCCAUUUCACUCAGUUUUUAAAAGGGUGAUAAAAUACAGAUUUCAGAAUUAGAACCACAAAUGUACAGAAGUGUCUUUCUUAGCUCCUACCUAUGGACUGUAGUUCUAUGCCCUGGGAUAAUUGCAGAGUAAGAUUAACCCAUUGCUCACAAGGUAGUCCUUCAAAAAUUUCAAGACAAAAGCUUCUCUUUCCACCAGGUAAAAUAUCUGAAAUUUCUUCAUUGCCUUUUCACAAUGUUCAUUCUAAAUGUUCAGGAAAUAUCAUAAGAUUCCUGGAGUUCAAUUUAGGGUUUCUUACUAUGGGAUUGAGAGUUAAUGGAGAGUUUUUAAAGCUGGUGUCAGGAUCAUAGCAAUAGGAAGACAAUGAUCAUAUUGAAGAUGGGUUGGUGAGGGUGGAGUCUAGACAUCUUGGCCUUUGUUCCAUUGGUCUGUUGUCUAGCCCUACACCAAUGCAAAACUGCUUAAUUACUAUAGCUUUAAAGUAUCUUGACAUCUGUAGGGUAAGUCCUACUGCUUUGUUAUUAUUUUUCAAGACUGACUUGGCUAUUUUUGUCUAAGACUAUACUUCUUCAUGGAUUGGAAGACUCAGUGUUAUAAAGAUGUCAGUUCUCCCCAAAAUUGAUCUAUACAUUCAUUGCAACCUAAGUAAAAAUCCCAAGGGUGCGUUUUUAUGGUAAUUGACAGAUUGAUUCUAAAAUUUAUGUUGAAAUGCAAUAUAAUUCUUGGCCAAGGCGGGAAGAGUGGGGGAAAGGGAUAGUUAGGGAGUUUGGGAUUGACAUGUACACACUGCUAUAUUUAAAAUGGGAUAACCAACAAGACCUACUAUGUAGCACAGGGAACUCUGCUCAGUAUUAUGUAACAACCUAAAUGGAAAAAUGUAUAACUGAAUCACUUUGCUGUACACCAGAAACCAUCACAAGAUUGUUAAUCAACUAUGCUCCAAUAUAAAAUAAAAAGUUUAAUUUAAAAAAAUAUGUGUAAUUCUUGGCCAAGAAUAGCCAAGACUGUAAAAGGUAAAAUUUUGUCUUUUACAAGUAAGUUUUGGAAAUUAUUUGUAUGCCCUUAGGUCAAGAAAAUAUUUCUCAAACAAGACACCAAAAAAAAGGUUAAUUUUAAGGAAAGUAAUUUAAUUUUCUGAUAAAUUCAACUAGAUUAAAAUGAAGAAUUAUUUUUUCAAAAUCACCAUAAGGAAAGUGAAAAUACAAUUUUCUCAUGAAAUGAAAAAGAUACUUGGAACAAAUAUACUUGGCAAAUUAUUAUCUAAAAUAUUUUAUGUUGAAUCCCAUGAAUUGCCAAAGAGGUUGAAUAGUGGCAAUUUAACAUGUUUCAACUUAAUAUAAACACUCCUAUGAGUCAAUAAGCAAAAGACAACCCAAAAAUAGGCAAAAAGCAUGAAGUAUUUCACAGAAAACUGAAAAACGAUGAUGACCAAACACAGAAAAAUUGUCCAGUCUCAGUAAUUAAGGAGUUUUGACCACAAUGAUAUGCUGUGAGAUACCUACUAGGUUGACAAAUUCUCUUAAAUCUGGAACUUCAUUCAAAGUCCUCACAUAGAGAACUUUUUUUUUUUUUUUGGUAGAGACUCAACCAUAUUUGGGCAAUAACUUAUCUAUUACAUGAACCCCACUACGCUGUAAGUUCCAUGAAGGCAAGGAACUUGGAGCUGGCAAGAGGGAGAGGGGGAGAUAGGGCGGAAACAAUUUCCAAGCUAAGUCCUGGAGGAUGAGAAAGAGACACGAGGAUCUGCUCAAAGAGAGCGCCCACCCCAAGCCACAGAGGUGUUGGAUGCAGCUGAACUCGAAACCGCCCAGAGGGGCGAAGUCACCUAGCGCUGGUGCGAUGUGUCCGGCAGCUGCGGGACGAGGUGCUGGCGCUUUCCAGAGCCUCUUCUCGCGUCUGAAUAACUAGGGUUCCAAACACAAAGUGCGCUGCAGAGAGGCUGGAGGAAGAACAGUGAUUAUUUUGAACAUAAAUUAUUCCUUCGGAGGCACUGGCAGGAUUUGUAUUGAAUUACAAGGGCUUUCCCAGGAAUCUGACAUCUAUUCAUUUGUUUGUAAUAAAGACUGUAUGCAUAAAAGCA